AUGGCGUCGACGGUGUGUGUUUCGAGGUGCCGACUUUUAGCAAAAUUAGAAUUAAAUCGUGGUUUGUGUGUGUCGCCGAUAUUUAGGGAUUUUUCAAAUAACAGGGAGUCAUGGUGCCGGCGGUGGCGACCGGCUCGGAGGUCGUUUUUCACAAGUGUAUGCGCUCACGGAUCAAAAACUCCUUCAAAAGUUGAUCACGAGAAAUCUGACGAUGUGACGGUAACAUACCGGCGCGGACUUCCCGUGAUCACGGUGCCGCUGCCGUCGCGCCGCGAGCGAUGCCGCUUCACGCUGCGGCCCGUCUCGCAGACCGUCGGCGACCUUCUUGAGCAGGUCAAAGCAGAAGACCGCGGCGUGGAGCGAGCCACGGCGCUGGCGGCAGACGAGCGCGUGCGCAUCGCGUCCAGCGACACCGUCGAGUCGCUGCUCGAGAACGACUUCCGGCUCAUCAUCAACGACACCGAGUACUACGUCAAGAGCCCCUCGCAGGAGCGGCUAAGCACGGAAGAGAUAACUCAGCUGAGCGACGUUCGGAACCUGGUGAACCAACUGUAUGAGGCUCUCAACGUGCGCGAGCACCAGAUCCGUAAAGAGAGGGAGAUUCGUGCGCAACUCGAGAAGCUCACUGCGGAAAUACAGCCACUAGAGGAGAAGCGGCUAAGCCUAGAAGUGGAGACGACCCGGCGCACCUCUGCGCUGACGUGGGUCGGGCUCGGUCUCAUGGGCGUUCAGUUCGGCGUGCUAGCCCGGCUCACCUGGUGGGAGUACUCCUGGGACAUUAUGGAGCCUGUAACGUACUUCGUUACCUACGGGACAGCGAUGGCCGCUUAUGCUUACUUCGUGUUAACGAAACAGGAAUACAUAUUACCCGAUGUGAAAGAUAGGCAACACCUGCUGACGUUGCACAAAAAGGCGAAAAAGAUCGGGCUGGACAUCAACCAGUACAAUCAUCUGAAAGAUGAGAUAGACAAGCUGCAGAAGGACCUAGCUCGGCUGCACGACCCGCUCCACAUCCACAUCGCGCCGAAGCCGCACGCGCACGCCGCGGCCAAGCGCUCGCCGCUCACCAAGAUCAAGGACAUGCUCGAGGAGACCGGCAAGAAGAUGAAGAUCACGUAAUAUUGGCUCACCCUCGCGCGGCGCUCGCGUACGUAAUAUGUACUUUUAUUAUAGGGCGAUGGUUAGUUGAUUGUGGAAGAUUGGUAAUUGUAACUUUGGCUGAUUUAGCGUCACGUGGACCGACCACGCGGCGCAAUCCGCACCGGACUAAUAGGUAUUAAGUUCAGGAAGCGUUUUAUAGUAAAGCGGACAGGUCUGCGCCGCGCGGACGACAACUUCAUACAAAUUAGUUGCGCGGAUCGCUCCGCGUGAUUGGUCCGAAUAACACUUAAACAAGCCUUUUUAAUUUGGCUGCUGAAACGCCGUGCGGCAUCAUAAAUCAUGCGUAUAGAGGGUAGAGUAAAGGAGAAAAUCUUAUGGGAAAACUGUUGCAAAAGUUCCCAACUGUCAUCCAUAAAUAACAGUUUCAAAUCUCUCGAGUGGCGCUAUAGAAGCUAUGGGGCAUGCGAGGCACUUAGCCGUUAUCGACAGUGUAAAGUACGCUUUCAAACAUUCUUGGAAUUGUGGUGCCUACUUAACGUAUUUUCGGCAGAAGCUCUUUCAUACGCGGAGUGAUCUCUUUACUUCUACCCUCCAUAAUUAUGUGGCUACUUCGGUUACCACUAAACUAUUAGACUAGUUAUUCUGACAGAAGCGGUACAACUUAUUUUUACACCUCUUCUACAAUUAACAAUUACUCGCAACAAAGUAUAACGAUAAAGUACACGUUGGAUUAUUGCUUUUUGAUAACUCGAAACGAUCGACAGUGACCAUUAUUUUAUUUGCAAAGGCCUUUGCCUUUACUGACUAUCGUCAAUGCGAUCUUUACUAAAUGACGUCUUUGUGUAAAGUUAAUGUGCACAUUGUGAAUACAUUGAACUUCGGAACAAUGUAACGACUUAAGGUAUAUGAAUGUAAUACAGGAACUGACGUAAAAAUCAUUUGGUUGGCGCCCGUUACCUAAUGUAUAGAAAUAUUCUAGGAAAAAAUAUGUAUUUCGAAUUAGUUUCACAUGCUCAGAAAUUGUUUCCUAUUUUAAAUUAAGUUACAUUAUUUAAACAUUAACCUUUAGAAUUACCUUUUAUUAGUGAAAUCUUUUAAUCUCAACCAUGAAUUUAAACAGAAAAAUGUUGCAAUAAAUAUUUAUCCUAAUAUUGUUCACAUCACAAACCAUUAAAGGGCAUACUUUGAAUCAGUGCCAAUAGUUAUAAUUCUCGUCUCCUUGAGUCAACUCUAUCAUACUAACGUAGCUAGUGAAGUUAUCGAAUUCUAGUCCUUAAAUAAUAAUCUGAGUACCUUCCUAUGUUUUUUGGUACUCGAAAUGUAGGACCCUUGCCAUACUGUUCUGAACAAUUUACGGUUCAUUCACAUGACUUACAAAAACUAUCGAACCAUUUAUUGACAAUGUUUUAAGUCAUGUGAAGACACCUUGACCUACGAAAAAAAUAUUGUUAAUGUAAUAAGAAUCGAUGAUUGUAAUAUUCGCGCAAAAUUAGUUUGUACAUGUUAUGCUUGAUUUUAUAAAAAGGAGCUUUUUAGUGUUUAUUAAAAAUAUUGAAUGAUUAAAUUUAAAUUAUAAAAUUAGGUAAUAUAAAAUAAUAUAAAAUGUAUAAUUAAAAGUUUUAUAAAAACUAUUUUGUGUUUCGUGCGUCUAAAAUGCUAAGGUCUACUAACAUUUAUGAAGUCGAUUCACGCUGGUGUUUAUUCUGAUUGCCAGUAACUUUCAAGCACGGACGCCGGAGUGUAUAAGGACUACUUAGGAAAUAAUUUGGUUUUUCAAUUGACAUUCUUAUAUUUCCCUCCUUUCGCGACGGAAAUGAUACGCGCGGAAGUAAAAGCUUAUAUUUAUUGGUCUACCACUUAACUGAAUUUGUAACCAACAACAAACCACUUUGUCGCUAGUAAAUGGCGCAAAAUAAAAAAAAUGUAUGAGUAGUCAAUGCCUAUUUUUUUUUUGUAAGUGAGUGUAUCAUUUAUAUUUUGUAAUCUUUUUAAGUGGUAGACCUGUAACUUGUCGGACUAAUUGUGUCUUUAAAGCCAGUUUUAUAAAAUAAAACACGCCGUAGGUUAAAUAAUGGCUGUGAAGUAAAUGUAAAAAAUACAUUUUUCAGUCCAUACUAUUGUCCGUAUUUCGUAGCGGACUCAUUUAGUCAUUAGUGUAUCAAGUCGCGGGUUAACUUUAAACAUUGUAUUUGAAUUUUUAAUAAAUAGAAGAAAAUUAUUUAUUUCCAGUUGCGAUGGCUUCUUACACUAACACAUUAGAAUGCCCUCUAUAUACCAACUUACAUUUUUUAUACACAAGCUUAUUCAUUAUAAAUUUAGGAAUCAUAUUUUGGCUUCAUCAUAGAUGAAAUGAUGUUUCCAGGACCAUUACGAACGAUUGAUUUAGCUACUACCUACGCACAAAUCGUAUGUAAUGAACGUAUUUCCAUAAGUAGUAGGUACCCAUUUUAGCAAUUUUGUACAGAUUUAGACGGACCCUAUGGCGACCUCCUCACAUUAGAGUAAUUAGAGUCUCAGCGGAAAGAGAAUAGUCAGAGAAUAAAAUAGAUACUUAUAUUCAACGACUCUUUUCUUUACGCGCUGAUUUCAUCAAGUAAGGUGUCGCUCAGAUAAGAACACGCACAUAGACUAAGACUUACUUCUCCGUGAGUAUUAACAAACGUUUGUGCAUUUUAAAACUAGUCUCGAAUGUUGCAAUAAAGGUAUUUGAAUGAAUUCUGCAACACACUCGUUGUUAUACUCAUGAUGGAACAAUAUUCUCACAUAAGACUCGCUCCAGUUAUUGGAGCUAUAGUUGUGAUGUACUACAACAUUUUCUUGAGCGAGAGAAUUCCCCAUAUAAAACGGAGAACGUUCCAGAACAGCACAAGUCUGUCUGGAGCUGCUCGGGCCUAAACCCCGUCAUGUAAUAUACUGUACUCGUAUUAAAAACUAGCUGUAAGCUCGCACACACACGUUCUUCGCUCAACCUAGUUAGCUUUCUCUUGUGAUUUGCGAAUUUGCCUUUUAGAAUCUUUUUCUAUCUAACCUAGGUAUAGAAUUUUAUAUAAUAACGAAUAAGAUGGAGCCAAGCUUCAGUUGAUGUGACUAUAGUUUAUUUACUGUAGUUCAAAUGUUUAUAUUCGGAAAGGUUGAAUAAUUUUGUAUUUACGAAUUUAAACAAGUGUUUGAGUUGGAAACAUUAUCGGCCUGUUAUUUUUGGAGGUCUACAAUAGUGUGCAAUAGUUUUAGAAAGUUAACUCUAACAAGAUUUGUUAUGUAGUCGCAAAUACCAAUUAUGUAGUUUUUUUAAGUUCGGGAGUGAUUGGGUGCGGUAGAUAUUUAUAUUUUAUUUCUUUUAAAACGAAUCUGACAAUGUAAAAAAAUCUCAUUUACUUUAUUUAAUUGUAUGCCUUUAUAUUAUUUUUUAGUUUAUAUUUCUUAUGUAUUUUUAAUAAGUCAAAAAAUAUACACUCCUUGCACUAAAAAUGUACCUACUUUAUUGAUUAACCUAGAAAUCUAAA